CUGUAAUUCUGGUUAAGAAAUUAUGUUCACUGUAAAAACCUCUCCUGAGCUGUGUGUGAACAUGGUGAUAGUCGGCAUGUUACUGAUGGUCCUCUUUGUUUCAGGUGCUUUGGCUAAAUGUCCUGAUGAAGCAGCAGUCUUCAUAAAUGCAUCAAAGAAGCUGGAAGCACUGAGUGGAUCUUGUUUGCAAAUCCCAUGUAGCUUCAGACCCAAAGACGAACAGAAAUAUAACAGCACAAGAAAAACCUUUGGAGUGUGGAUUAAAAAUCAAUCCCAAUUUGACGGUAAUCAAAACAAUGUGAUCUUCAACAGUAGUGGAGCAGUUAACAUCUAUCCAAUGAGUAUUACUGGGAACCUGAGUCAGAGAGACUGCACCACUCUGUUUUCUAAUUUAACCACCACAUACACAGACACAUACUUCUUCAGAGUAGAGAGAGAACCAUUCAAGGCAACAGCUUCUUGUGAUCCUCUUCAAAUAACAGUCAGAGAUUCUCCUUGGAGGCCCAAUAUUACAAUCCCAGGUGAUCUGAAGGAGAAGGAGUCUGUCACUAUAACCUGCUCAGCUCUCACUCCCUGUCCACACUCCUCUCCUCAACUCACCUGGAAUCUCCAACAAGACUCUCACAACAAAAUAGAGGAAAACACAGUUGGAAGCUUUACAACUAAAAUCCAACAGAACAUCACUCUGUCAGACACACAUGAUGGAAAGAAGAUCAGCUGCUCUGCCAGAUAUCCUGUGAACCAAGGAAAAGACACCAAGACAGCAGAGACAGAAGAGACUCUCAGUGUUUCAUAUGCUCCUAAAAACACCUCAGCAUCCAUCAGUCCAUCAGGUUUGGUGUCAGCAGGCAGCUGGGUGAACCUGACCUGCUCCAGCAGAGCCAAACCUCCAGUCAGCAACUUCACCUGGUUCAAGAAGAGCAGAGAUGGAGCUGUGAAAGUAUCUGAAGGAGAGAUUUACAGCUUCAAUGUAACAGAUGGAGGAGUUUAUUACUGUGUGGCCACUAAUGAUCUGGGUAAUCAGACAUCAGCAGAGAUUAACGUGACUGUUGGAGGAGACACACUGUGGCUACUUCCUGGAGUAAUCAUUGGGAUCAUUGUUCUCUUACUUAUAAUUCUCCUCUGCUUGAUCAUCUUUGUUUGGUCGUUAAAGUCAAAGCAACAAACUCAACAACAGAUUCUGAUUCAAAUAGAUGAAGAGCAGAAGGUUGAUGAACCAGCAAGUAAAAAGGAAGAAGAGGAAGAAAACAUCCAUUAUGGAGAGAUCAGCUUCUCCACACUGGCAUAUGAUGCAUCGUCUAACUCAGUGCGGGACAGUGGACAGCAGCAGCAUACGGUGUACGCACAGAUCAAAAAGCGAGAAAAAAGCUUAAAACAAAGGGCUCAUGGCCAAGAGGAACUCUACGCUGAGAAGUGUUAUGCUGCAUCACUCCAGAUACACAUCAGUCCAAGUUCCAACAUCUGAGUUCCCAGAUGUCUAAAAUGCAGCACUGGAACCACAAACCAGUAUUCCCAUUCAUGCUGGUGGGCAUUUUCUUUUGGCUUCUCCAGGGUAAGUUUAACACUGCCGAUCUGCAUCGGGUAAUCUAAAUGUUCUCCUGGAGAGUUGGAAAGGCAAAGAGGAAAUGGAAAUGCACGCAAUAGGAGUGUCUUUCUCUGGCCUUUCCAUGUAUAGUUAUCAGUUUUCACUGCCAGGGUAGUUACAGCAUAAUGCAAAAAUGUUCAGUGCAAAACCUUUUGUUCCCCACUACCUGAACAUGGCAUUCAAAUUUAAAUUCCACUAAGCUGCUGUGAAUUAAAGAGGCAUUUAGCAGCCUCACCCUCUUAGAGAGCAAAAUCAAAAACCUUUUUAAACUCUACAAUGAACUGGUUUUGGUAAUCAUUGGAUUUGUGCUCAGGCAAUGCUUGGGUCAGUUUCAGUGCAGAAGUGCAUUUCUGUCUUUGUGUAGCACUGUUCAGCUGGUCUGGACAUCAGUGCUCAACUAACAACCUGUGACUCUGCUAGUACUUCACAACACUGAUGUGUAACAGCUGUGUGUACAGCUAAUGUUUGGGCAGAUCACUCUGUCAUAAUCCCAGUAAAUAUGAACCCAAAUGCACGACUCAGACACCAGAAACAAUUUAACAGUUUAUUUUUGGAAAACUAAGAACUUACAGAGUCUGGGCUUCUGAACUGUCGAGAAAACAGGAAACCAGAAACAGAAAAAUUCAAUGUGAAUCUAUGUGAAAAAUAGUUAAAGGUUAGACUAUUUUUAUCUGUUCGCCACCGGUCCAUUCAUCCAUUCCAAAAAGGGUUUUGUUUGGGGGUUUUUGCAUAUUGCAAUGUUUUGGUUUAAUCAAUAAAAAAUGACUAUCCAUUAUGUUCAAUUGUUGGUGAAUUCAUCUUAUUUAAGUAUUUAACAUAUUUUAU